AUGGCACGAAUAGAGAAAGAAAUCACCAAUGAUUUCGUUCCGAUCGUAUAUAUCCUCCUAAGGACAGGUAUACUGGAUACGGCUACGGUUAUUCGGUACCUCUUAACCGCUCCCCGAGUAAGAGUACCCAGGUUCCUUCACAUUGCACUUACAGUAACUAAAACAACGUCCUUCACCUCACUUGGUUAUCCAAAUGAUCGCAGUUUUGCUCGCGAAAUGAUUCUUGACGAAGUCAACAAAUCUCGUCAAAUGAUGUUGAAAAACACUUCCGCCAUGUCAAAUCGUGGAAAUCGGGAACCGUUAGCUGCCCAGUGCACAGAUCAACGCAGCCUUAACCUUUUCACUAUGGUGGAAACACAAAAUUAUCCAACACAUUUUGUUCCUAUCAAUUCUAAUUUCGGUAACCCACUCAUAGCAGUCUUUCCUCGUAUUGCUACUGAAGAGGUGGAGAAGUCGACAACAAAAUGA